UAAUCUGUAGGACGGCGUUUAUUAAUUUAAUGAUUAUUUAUGUCAGUAUAGUAUACACAGUUGAAGCGAGUAGUCACCUAUUAGUAAAAAUGGAUACAAUACCGCAAGACAGAAUCCUAGAAACUAAACCAGAUACCUUAACGGUAGUCCGCAAACAGUACAAUCUGGAUAAACCCGGACAAAUGAAGGAGGCCAUCAGUAUCCUGCAUAAAUGGGUGCAACAACAAAAACAUUUUAAAAAAAAGGAUUUUAGUGAAUUUUAUUAUGAAGCUGUUAUCAUUGGCUGUAAAGGAUCUAUAGAAAGAGCAAAGAACCAGAUCGAUAAAAUUUGCACCAUGAGGACGUUAUUGCCGCAGUUCUUCCAAGAUUGUAAUGUUAAAAACGACUUUGCAGACUUACGCAAAAUUGUCCAUAUAGCGAUUCUGCCUAAAUUAACAGAUGAUCAUUAUAGGGUUCAAAUCAACAAGUUCACUGCGAACGUUAUCAAGCCUUCAGAAUUAAUGGAGUACUAUAGAUAUAAUAUUAUUCAAUCUGAAUACAUAAAGGCCCACGACUAUUUAAACGGAUUCAUUGUAGUGCAGGACUUCACUGAAACCAAUAUGGUGGACUUUGUGUCAAAAAUAAAUCUCAGUGAAUUGAGGCAAAUUCUAUCCAUUCAUAUAGAAGGUUAUGGAGUAAGAAUUAAAGCUAUUCAUAUUAUAUGUGCAUCAAAGGUCAUUAGCACUUUUGUAUCGAUUUUGAAACAAGUUUUAAGUUCUAAGGUGGCGGAUAGGAUAAAUGUUCACAAAAAUAUCGAAGAAAUCCAUAAGCAUAUUCCAAAGGAAAUACUACCGAAAGACUUUGGGGGAGACGAACGCUCUUUAAAAGAUUUGCAACAGGAAUGGCUGGACGUGCUUUCAUCAGAGGAACACAUGAAACAUAUGCAAGUAGUUAAUGCAGCUGGCACAGAUGAAAAAUUCAGACGAAAAGACUGCUUCAAUGAUCAGUAUGCAGGAAUGCCUGGCACUUUUAGGUCGUUAAGUGUUGAUUAGUUGAGUUAUUUUACUUAAUCUUUAAAAUAUAUUAUUUAUAAAAUAUACCCAAACAUUUUUGAUAUCUGUACGAAGAUUGAAGAUGAAGAUUUAUUUGGAUCGUUUAUCUAUUUUUCCGAGGAGAAACUGGUGACUCGGAAUUGCUAUUGUAAUUUUUCAUUCGAAUUACAAUUUAAUUUAUAUGGUCUGUAAUAUUUAUGUCCUAAU